AUGGAGGAGAAGUACUACCCAGUGAUCUUCCCAGACGAGCGGAAUUUCCGCCCCUUCACUUCCGACUCUCUGGCUGCCAUAGAGAAGCGAAUCGCCAUCCUAAAGGAGAAGAAGAAAUCCAAAGGCAAGGCAACAGCUGAGCCCCAGCCUCGGCCUCAGCUUGACCUAAAGGCCUCCAGGAAGUUACCUAAGCUUUAUGGGGAUGUUCCCCCUGAGCUUAUCGCGAAGCCCCUGGAAGACCUGGACCCAUUCUACAAAGACCAUAAGACAUUCAUGGUGUUGAACAAGAAGAGAACAAUCUAUCGCUUCAGUGCCAAGCGGGCCUUGUUCAUUCUGGGGCCUUUUAAUCCCAUCAGAAGCUUAAUGAUUCGCAUCUCUGUCCAUUCCGUCUUUAGCAUGUUCAUCAUCUCCACGGUGAUCAUCAACUGUAUGUUCAUGGCUAAUUCUAUGGACAGGACUUUUGACAAUGACAUUCCCGAAUACAUCUUCAUUGGAAUUUAUAUUUUAGAAGCUGUGAUUAAAAUAUUGGCAAGAGGCUUCAUUGUGGAUGAGUUUUCCUUCCUCCGAGAUCCGUGGAACUGGCUGGACUUCAUUGUCAUCGGAACAGCGCUCGCAACUUAUUUUCCCGGUAACAAGGUCAACCUUUCUGCUCUUCGUACCUUCCGGGUAUUCAGAGCUCUGAAGGCAAUUUCUGUUAUCUCAGGUCUGAAGGUCAUUGUAGGUGCCCUGCUGCGCUCGGUGAAGAAGCUGGUUGAUGUGAUGGUCCUCACUCUCUUUUGCCUCAGCAUCUUUGCCCUGGUUGGUCAGCAGCUCUUCAUGGGGAUUCUGAACCAGAAAUGUAUUAAGCACAACUGUGGCCCUAACCCUACAUCUAACCAGGAUUGCUUUGUAAAGGAAAAAGAUAGCGAAGACUUCAUAAUGUGUGGCACCUGGAUUGGCAGCAGAUCUUGUCCCGAUGGUUCUACAUGCAAUAGAACCACAUUUAACCCAGACUAUAAUUAUACGAACUUUGACAACUUUGGCUGGUCUUUUCUUGCCAUGUUCCGGGUUAUGACUCAGGACUCCUGGGAGAAGCUCUAUCGACAGAUCCUCCGGACCUCUGGGAUCUACUUUGUCUUCUUCUUCGUGGUGGUUAUCUUCCUGGGCUCUUUCUACCUGCUUAACUUAACCCUGGCCGUCGUCACCAUGGCUUACGAAGAACAGAACAGAAAUGUAGCUGCUGAGACAGAGGCCAAGGAGAAGAUGUUUCAGGAGGCCCAGCAGCUGUUAAGGGAGGAGAAGGAGGCUCUGGUUGCCAUGGGAAUUGACAGAAGUUCCCUCAAUUCCCUUCAAGCAUCAUCCUUUUCCCCAAAGAAGAGGAAGUUUUUUGGUAGUAAGACAAGAAAGUCCUUUUUUAUGAGAGGGUCCAAGAUGGCCCGAGCCUCAGCGUCUGAUUCAGAGGACGAUGCCUCUAAAAACCCACAACUCCUUGAGCAAACCAAACGACUGUCCCAGAACUUGCCAGUGGAUCUGUUUGAUGAGCAUGUGGACCCCCUCCACAGACAGAGAGCGCUGAGCGCAGUCAGUAUCUUAACCAUCACCAUGCAGGAACAAGAAAAAUCCCAGGAGCCUUGUUUCCCAUGUGGGAAAAACUUGGCGUCUAAGUACCUGGUGUGGGACUGUAGCCCUCGGUGGCUGUGCAUAAAGAAGGUCCUGCGGGCUAUCAUGACAGAUCCGUUUACUGAGCUGGCCAUCACCAUCUGCAUCCUCAUCAAUACUGUCUUCUUGGCCAUGGAGCACCACGAUAUGGAUGACUAUUUAAAAACCGUACUGAAAAUAGGAAACUGGGUUUUCACUGGAAUUUUCAUAGCGGAAAUGUGUCUCAAGAUCAUCGCGCUGGACCCUUACCAUUACUUCCAGCACGGCUGGAACAUCUUUGACAGCAUCGUGGCCCUUCUGAGUCUCGCUGACGUGCUCUACAACCUCUCUUUCUUGGCUUCCCUCAGAGUGCUGAGGGUCUUCAAGUUAGCCAAAUCCUGGCCCACGUUAAACACCCUCAUUAAGAUCAUCGGCCACUCUGUGGGUGCGCUCGGAAACCUGACUGUGGUCCUGACCAUCGUGGUCUUCAUCUUUUCCGUGGUUGGCAUGCGGCUCUUUGGCGCCAAGUUCAACAAGACCGCCUACGUCCCCCGGGAGCGGUGCAGGCGGCGCUGGCACAUGGACGACUUCUACCACUCCUUCCUGGUGGUGUUCCGCAUCCUCUGUGGGGAAUGGAUCGAGAACAUGUGGGAAUGUAUGCAGGAGAUGGACGGCUCCCCGCUAUGCAUCAUCGUCUUCGUGCUCAUCAUGGUGAUUGGGAAGCUUGUGGUGCUUAACCUCUUCAUUGCCUUGCUGCUUAAUUCCUUCAGCAAUGAGGAGAAGGAUGGGAACCCAGAAGGAGAGACCAGGAAAACCAAAGUGCAGCUAGCCCUGGAUCGGUUCCGCCGGGCCUUCUCCUUCAUGGCGCACACUUUUUGGAAUUUUUGUUGCAAGAGAUGCAAGAGGCAAAACUCGCCAAAGCCAAAAGAGGCAAGGGAAAGCUUUUCUGGUGAGAAUAAAGCCAUGGUCCCCCUGGAUGCGAGGCCCUGGAAGGAGUAUGAUUCAGAAAUCACUUUGUACACUGGGCAGGCCGGGGCUCCGCUGGCCCCACUCGCAGAGGAAGAGGACGAUAUGGAAUGUUGUGGUGAAUGUGGUGCCCCACCCACCUCACUUCCUAGUGCCGGAGUUCAGGCCUGUGACCUCUCUCCGGAGACCAAGCAGCACCCCAGCCCAGAUGACCACGGGGUUGAAAUGGAAGUGUUUUCUGAAGAAGAUCCGCAUUUAACCAUACAGAGUGCUCGAAAGAAGUCCGAUGCAGUAAGCAUGCUCUCGGAAUGCAGCACAAUUGACCUGAAUGAUAUCUUUAGAAAUUUACAGAAAACAGUUUCCCCCAAAAAGCAACCAGAUAGAUGCUUUCCCAAGGCCCUCAGUUGUAUCUUUCUAUGCCGCAAAACAAACAAGAGAAAGUCCCUCUGGGUCUUGUGGUGGAACCUUCGGAAAACCUGCUACCAAAUCGUAAAGCACAGCUGGUUUGAGAGCUUCAUAAUCUUUGUCAUCCUGCUGAGCAGUGGAGCGCUGAUAUUUGAAGACGUCAAUCUCCCAAGCCGGCCUCAAGUUGAGAAAUUACUAAAGUGUACCGAUAAUAUUUUCACAUUUAUUUUUCUCCUGGAAAUGAUUCUGAAAUGGGUGGCCUUCGGAUUCCGGAGGUAUUUCACCAGUGCCUGGUGCUGGCUCGAUUCUCUCAUUGUAGUGGUGUCGGUGCUCAGUCUCAUGAACUUACCAAACUUGAAGUCCUUCCGGACUCUACGAGCGCUGAGGCCUCUGCGGGCGCUGUCCCAGUUUGAAGGCAUGAAGGUUGUCGUCAACGCCCUCAUCAGCGCCAUACCGGCCAUUCUCAAUGUCUUGCUGGUGUGCCUCAUUUUCUGGCUCAUAUUUUGUAUCCUGGGAGUAAGUUUUUUUUCUGGAACAUUUGGAAGAUGCAUCAACGGGACAGAUAUAAAUAAGUAUUUCGACUAUACCCAAGUUCCAAACCGGAGCCAAUGUAGUUACUUGUGGAAGGUCCCGAACGUCAACUUCGACAAUGUGGGGAAUGCCUACCUCGCCCUGCUGCAAGUGGCAACCUAUAAGGGCUGGCUGGACAUUAUGAAUGCAGCUGUUGAUUCCAGAGGGAAAGACGAGCAGCCGGACUGUGAGGCAAAUCUCUACGCAUAUCUUUACUUCGUGGUUUUCAUCAUCUUUGGCUCAUUCUUUACACUGAACCUCUUUAUCGGUGUUAUUAUCGACAACUUCAAUCAGCAGCAGAAAAAGAUAAGUGGCCAAGACAUUUUUAUGACAGAAGAACAGAAGAAAUAUUACAAUGCAAUGAAAAAGUUAGGAACCAAGAAGCCUCAAAAACCCAUCCCAAGGCCCCUGAACAAAUGUCAAGCCUUUGUGUUUGACCUGGUCACAAGUCAGGUCUUUGACGUCAUCAUUCUGGGUCUUAUUGUCCUAAACAUGAUUAUCAUGAUGGCUGAAUCUGAUGGCCAGUCCGAAGAAGUGACGAAAAUCUUUGAUAUCCUCAACAUAGCCUUCGUGGUCAUCUUUACCGUAGAGUGUCUCAUCAAAGUCUUUGCUUUGAGGCAACACUACUUCACCAAUGGCUGGAACUUAUUUGAUUGUGUGGUCGUGGUUCUUUCUAUCAUUAGUACCUUGGUUUCUGGCUUGGAGAACAGUAACAUUCCCUUCCCGCCCACGCUCUUCAGAAUUGUCCGCUUGGCUCGCAUUGGUCGAAUCCUCAGACUGGUUCGGGCAGCCAGGGGAAUCAGGACGCUCCUGUUUGCUUUGAUGAUGUCUCUCCCCUCUCUCUUCAACAUCGGCCUGCUGCUCUUUCUGGUGAUGUUCAUUUACGCCAUCUUUGGGAUGAACUGGUUUUCCAAAGUGAAGAAGGGCUCUGGGAUCGACGACAUCUUCAACUUCAAAACCUUUUCGGGCAGCAUGCUCUGUCUCUUCCAGAUAACCACUUCAGCCGGCUGGGACACUCUCCUCAACCCCAUGCUGGAGUCAGACGCCCACGCCCACUGCAACUCCUCCUCCGGAGACAGCUGCCAGCAGCCUCGGAUCGCCAUAGUCUACUUUGUCAGCUAUAUCAUCAUCUCCUUUCUCAUCGUGGUCAACAUGUACAUCGCUGUGAUCCUAGAAAACUUCAAUACAGCCACGGAGGAGAGCGAGGACCCCCUGGGGGAAGACGACUUUGAAAUCUUCUAUGAGAUCUGGGAGAAGUUUGACCCCGAAGCAACACAGUUCAUCCAGUACUCUGCCCUCUCCGACUUUGCCGACGCCCUGCCGGAGCCCUUGCGCGUGGCCAAGCCUAAUAAGUUUCAGUUCCUCAUGAUGGACUUGCCCAUGGUGAUGGGCGAUCGCCUCCAUUGCUUGGACGUUCUCUUUGCUUUCACCACCAGGGUCCUCGGGAACUCUAGCGGCUUGGAUACCAUGAAAGCCAUGAUGGAGGAGAAGUUCAUGGAGGCCAAUCCUUUUAAGAAGUUGUAUGAGCCCAUCGUCACCACCACCAAGAGAAAGGAGGAGGAGCAGUGUGCUGCCGUCAUCCAGAGGGCCUACCGGAAAUACAUGGAGAAGAUGGUCAAGCUGAGGUUGAAAGACAGGUCAGGUUCAUCCCUCCAGAUGUUUUGCAAUGGAGACUUGUCUAGUUUGGAUGUGGGCAAGGUCAAGGUUCAUUAUGACUGA